AUGGGUAAAGAGCAAGCCUUUGCCCAAUUUGAUGCUGAAGGUGAUGGGACAGUUGAUGCUGAGAGCAUGUUGGAGGCCCUCAAGAAUUCCAGUGGAGCUAAUCUUCAGGGGGAGCUGAGUCACAUCAUCAGACAACUUCAAGCUUGUUCUCUUGUUCCAGGUUUCAUAGACAUUUUUUCGGAGUCCAAGGAAGGCCUGGGCGUUCACUCGUCAAUGAUCCUGCGCUUUUUGCAUCGCAAUCGGCUCUCUAGUAUCGUCAUCCCCUACCCCAUGUUGGACCACUGCAAUAACAUGUGCACCAUGAGGGCUUCUGUUCUGAAGGAGUCUCUGGAUGAACUGGUACAAAAAGAAAAAGAAAGCCCUGGAGAUCUAACUGGAAGCCCAGAGAUGGAUAAGCUCAAGUCAAUAGCAAAGUGCUAUGCUUAUAUAGAAACAUCCUCCAACCCCACAGACAUCGACAAGAUGACAAAUGGAGAAACGUCAUCUUACUGGCAGUCAGAUGGCAGUGCCCGCUCACAUUGGAUUCGUUUAAAAAUGAAGCCAGAUGUGGUACUUAGGCACCUAUCCAUUGCAGUGGCUGCCACUGACCAGAGCUACAUGCCGCAGCAGGUGACAGUAGCAGUGGGAAGGAAUGCCAGCGAUCUUCAGGAAGUCCGUGACGUGCACAUUCCCAGCAAUGUCACUGGCUACGUGACACUGCUGGAAAACGCUAACAUCAGUCAGCUCUAUGUUCAGAUUAACAUAAAGCGUUGUCUUAGCGAUGGAUGUGACACUAGGAUUCAUGGUCUGAGGGCUGUUGGCUUUCAGAGAGUUAAGAAGUCUGGGGUCUCAGUGUCAGAUGCUUCUGCAAUAUGGUAUUGGUCCCUGCUGACAUCUCUGGUGACGGCUUCCAUGGAGACAAAUCCAGCCUUUGUCCAGACAGUGCUGCGCAACACUCAGAAGGCACUGCAGCACAUGCCUCCACUGUCCCUUUCACCGGGAUCUACGGAUGGCUCAACUUUCCUGUCUCCCAACGUUCUGGAAGAAGUGGACAGCUUCCUCAUAAGGAUAACUAGCUGCUGUUCUACCCCAGAGGUGGAGCUGACUCUCCUGGCUUUUGCACUAGCAAGAGGAAGUGUUGCUAAAGUGCUGAGCUCUCUGUGUACUGUCACAGACCACCUGGACACACACUACGAUGCCUCGUCCCUCAUCUCAUCCAUGGCAUCAGUCAGGCAGAACCUACUCCUUAAAUAUGGUAAGCCUCUCCAGUUGACUUUGCAGGCCUGUGAUGUCAAAGGAAAAGAAGAGAAGUCGGGACCUGAAAACCUCCUUGUUGAACCGUGGACGAGGGAUGGUUUUCUCACAGAGACUGGAAAAACCAGAGCAAGUACUAUUUUUUCUACAGCAACUGAAUCUGCCCUCCAAGUUACACAGAUCAGAAUUAUGGUUCGACGUGGCGGCAUUGGUGCCCAGUGUGGGUUGAUAUUUGCCUAUAACUCAUCUUCCGAUAAAUUUCAUGCAGAAGAACACUUCAAAAGGUUUGAAAAAUAUGACAAAUGGAAACUUAAGGAAUUCAGGCAAUUUGUAAAAAGCAGGAUCGGUUGCUCACCUGAUGAUCUUGGAGAGGAUGAUCCUAUUGGCUGGUUUGAGCUGGAAGAAGAGUGGGAUGAAGCAGAGAUUAAGCUGCAGCAGUGCAGAAUUGCCAGAUACUUGAUGGUGAAGUUCCUCUGCACCCGUCAGGAGUCGGCAGAGCGCUUGGGAGUACAAGGCUUGAGCAUCAGUGGCUACCUCCGACCUGCAAGAGCAGAAGCAGAACAGAGUGCCAUCUGUGCUCACUGUAGAAAGGACAUGGAGGAGAGUGUCUGCGGGGCCUCACUGCUCCUUAGGACCCUUCAGUUCAUCCAGCAGCUUGCCCAUGACCUGGUGCAGCAGAAGGAAAGUGGCUUAAAAUAUAAGUCUUUUCUGGACUUCGCGGGUCUUGAUUUGGAGAUCUUCUGGAAUUUUUACCGUAAAUUAAAGCAAAACCCGAGGGAAGAAUGCAUCUCUGCCCAAACCCUGCUUUUGCAGCUCCUUCAGAGCUGCUUCUUGGUGCUGCAGAAAGACUCCACGGCUGCCUCUGAGGAUGCAAAGGCUCCCCGCCAGAGCCCCCGGGCAGUGGAGGCCGCCAAGGAGCUCUAUACACACUUAUGUGAUGUGGUGGAUAGGGUGGAUGGAGACUCUGUGCCCAUGGAAAUACUGAAACAAGAAGUCAGGAAUACCCUUCUCAGUGGAGCUGCCAUCUUCUUUCCUGAUCGACAGACCCAGCGGAACCAUCUCUUCAGCAUGAUGAAAAAUGUCACUGAGCAGGAACAUAAGCAAUCCCUGCAGCUCACUUUCCGCUCACUGUGCACGUAUUUUAGUGAUAGGGACCCAGGCGGCCUUCUGCUUUUACCUGAGAAAGGCGACCUGGCCGACACGAACAUCAGUGAAGUCCUGGCCGUCAUGAGGACUCUGCUCUCUGUUGCUGCUCGAGAGUGUGAACUGUUGAUGCUCAACAAGGCCCAGGCGGAGGUUGGCUCCGUGCUCUUCUCCCUGUUCUGGUCUGUCCAAGGCAGCCUGCUCUCCUGGUGCUACCUGCAGCUGAAGAGCACAGAUCCUGGAGCCAAAGAGCUUGCCAUUGACCUUAUUGAAAAAUAUGUGGAACAGUUUCUGGGAAGCACAAGAGUGAUUUUGGAGUCCCUUUUGUCACAGUAUAGUGGAAAAACCAUAGUAGAAAAACUAUGUAAUUCGGUGUUUUCAAUGGCAGCUCGACAACUGGUAAUCUUUCUCCUGGACUUUUGCACUUUAGACAUUUCCCACUGCAAACUCUUGAGAGAAUUCAGUACCCUAACAGAGUUGUUGAAGAGGCUCUGCAGUGACCCCGAGGGAGGACUGAAUAAGCUGGAUGUCGAGACUUGGCAACAGGAACAGCCAGUAGUGUUACAUACAUGGACUAAGGAGUCUGCCCACAACUAUGAAAAUAAUUGCCACGAGGUGUCUGUCUUUGUGAGCCCAGGGGCAACCUAUUUUGAGGUGGAAUUUGAUGAGCGGUGUGAAACUGAAAAAAGGUGAGACUCACAUAUUCUUCUUUCCCAAGCAAUAAUGGAUCAAAAGUGAGAGAAGGGAAUGCCCAGAAUUAGAAAAAAAGGAGAGGUUGGGAGCUUCAGUCGCCCACCAAAAGUGACCUUUAAGGCUGGCCCUCGGCUACAGUUUCUCUUCCAUUCCGACAGCAGUAACAAUGAGUGGGGCUACAAAUUCACUGUUACUGCUUAUGGCCUGCCAGAUGUUGCCGUGUCUUGGGGGUUGGAUUUACAACUUCUUGUUUGCCGACUGAUGGGGCGUCUUGCUUCCCAGUGCAUGGCGCUCAAGUCUGUGCAUCAGUUAGGAAGUAACAUGGCAGUACCUCAGGCAAAAAUGGCAUUAGUCCUAAACUCCCCCUUGUGGAAACCUGUCUUCAGGCAUCAGAUAUGUCCAGAGUUGGGACUAGAAGCAAGCUGGCCCACUCAUCCACAACAAGAUAGUAAGGAGGUUAAGAACAUCCCUGAUGAUCCCUGCCACCGUUUUCUUCUUGAUUUUGCACAGUCAGAUCCUGCCCAGAACUUCUGUGGGCCAUAUUCAGAACUUUUCAAAGGAUUCAUACAGGCAUGUAGAAAACAGGCCCCAAAGACAGAUAUAGUUGCUGGUUCCACUAUUGAUCAAGCUGUGAACGCCACCUUUGCUGCUCUGGUGUAUCGCACUCCAGACUUAUAUGAGAAGCUGCAAAAAUAUGUAAACAGUGGGGGCACCACAGCCCUGAGUGAGGAGUUUGCUCAGGUGUAUUCCUUGGCAGAUGGGAUUCGAAUAUGGAUGUUAGAGAUAAAGCAGAAGUCCCUGGUGAGCCUGGGCAAUGAGGCAGAAGAAAAACGCGGGUCAGAAGCUGCUGAGGCAAACCCUGAGAGCCUGGCAAAAGAAUGUAUUCAGAAGAGUCUUCUGUUACUAAAAUUUUUGUCCAUGGGCAUAAGUUCUAAAGAAAGCUCUGACAAGUUGGUGACUACAGAUGAACCUGAUCACCAUCUGCAGCCACUGGACAAGCGCCAGAGGACAAGCUCUGUGGUGGAAGAGCAUUUCCAAGCCUCGGCAUCUCCCACUGACGCAGCGCCCCCUGCUGCGGGAGACAGGAGUCCUGGCUUGGAUGUCCAGCCGAAGCUGCCACCCAGCAGUGGCCCUCCUGCCACAGAAGUGUCCUCUGCCACAGCCGAAGAGCCCUCUUCACCUUCCACUCCCACUCGGCGGCCCCCCUUCACCCGAGGGCGACUCCGGCUGCUCUCCUUCCGGUCAAUGGAGGAGACCAGACCAGUUCCCACAGUGAAAGAGAAAUACCCUGUGCUGAGGGAUGUCAUGGACUUCAUUAAAGAUCAGUCACUGUCCCAUGAGAGUGUUGUAAAGGUUCUUUCCUUGAGAAAAGCCCAAGCCCAGAGCAUCCUUGAAGUCCUGAAGAUAAUUCAGUAUUGUGCAGAAGCCCUUGGGCAGCCGCAUUGCUUCCAUCCACCUUACAUACUUUUCCUGUUGGAACUUCUGACCUGCCAGAAAGAGUUCACCAAUUAUUUUGGACAUUUGGAAGGCUGUGGUGCAGCUCUACACAAAGAAAUUCGAGACACUUACUAUCGAUUUGUUCUCUUUAUGGUCAAAGCGAUUAAAGGAUUUAGUAGCAUAAAUGACAGGUCCUUGCUGCCUGCCUUAUCCUGUGUUCAGACAGCUCUACUUCAUCUCUUGGAUAUGGGCUGGGAACCCAGUGAUCUCACCUUCUUUGUUGACAUUCAGUUACCAGAUCUCCUCAUGAAAAUGUCACAAGAAAAUAUAAGUGUCCAUGACAGUGUGAUCAGCCAAUGGAGUGAAGAAGAUGAGCUUGCUGAUGCCAAGCAGAAUUCAGAAUGGAUGGAUGAGUGUCAGGAUGGCAUGUUUGAGACCUGGUAUGAAAAAAUAGCCCAGGAAGAUCCAGAGAAGCAGAGGAAAACCAUUGGUGGUUUGGAAGCAGCCAUUCUACAAGCCCUUUGCCCAGUCCACCUCACACUGAUAUUUUUCUCCUCAGGUGGGGUGAAGCCUGAGGGCCACGGAGAUGACCACGAAAUGGUCAACAUGGAGUUUACCUGUGACCACUGCCAGGGUUUGAUCAUAGGCCGGAGGAUGAAUUGCAAUGUGUGCGAUGACUUUGACCUUUGCUAUGGAUGCUAUGCAGCAAAGAAAUAUUCCUAUGGCCAUUUGCCUACCCACAGUAUCACGGCCCACCCGAUGGUGACCAUCCGGAGCAGCGACCGGCAGAGGCUCAUCCAGCCCUACAUCCACAACUAUGCCUGGCUGCUCUUUGCCGCCCUGGCUCUCUAUAGCGCCCACCUGGCCAGCUCAGAGGAAGUGGAUGGUGAGAAGCUGGAUCCCCAGGCCCGCAGCUGUGCCGUCACCCUGCGGAGCCAGUGCAUGCAGCUUGUCGGGGACUGUCUCAUGAAGGCUCACCAGGGAAAAGGUCUUAAAGCUCUAGCUCUUCUUGGUGUAUUGCCAGAUGGUAACUCUACUCCAGGAAAUCAAGCCCCACCAGUGAUCGUGCCCACCCGAACGGCAGAGGAGCAGCUGGAGAAGGAAGCUGUCCAGGUUGCUGAGGAGCCGGCAGAUACAGGCCCUUUUGUGCACUGCAAUGGAGAGAAUGGUGUUCAUAAGGAAGGAAUACCUUUGGAUCACAAGCAGAGAAAUAAGGCAGAUGAAAGUGGGUCAUGCCAGACUCAAAUUUCAGACUCUCCUGCUGAUGCUACCACACCCACAGGACUUUCAGAUGCUGACAAUUUAGGAGCAUCAUCCCAGAAGCCGGUUGAGGAAAAGACAGUUACUCCAAGCCCCGAGCAGGUGUUUGCUGAGUGUUCCCAGAAGAGGAUUUUGGGGUUAUUAGCAGCCAUGUUACCUCCCUUAAAGUUGGAUCCCACAGUCCCCCUGAUAGACCUGGAGCACGUCCUCCCACUCAUGUUUCAGGUUGUCAUCUCAAACGCAGGCCACCUGAAUGAAACUUACCACCUCACGUUGGGUCUUCUUGGCCAGUUAAUAAUCCGCCUUUUGCCAUCAGAGGUAGAUGCCGCAGUGAUCAAGGUCCUCUCAGCCAAACACAACCUAUUUGCUGCAGGGGACAAUUCCAUUAUGCCAGAUGGCUGGAAGACCACCCACCUACUCUUUAGCCUGGGAGCUGUAUGUCUGGACAGCCGGGUGGGUUUGGACUGGGCGUGCUCCAUGGCAGAGAUCCUGCGGUCACUCAACAGUGCCCCGUUGUGGCGUGACGUCAUUGCCACCUUCACAGACCACUGCAUCAAGCAGCUGCCUUUCCAGCUGAAGCACACCAACAUCUUCAGCCUGCUAGUGCUGGUUGGCUUUCCCCAGGUUCUCUGUGUGGGGACCCGCUGUGUUUAUAUGGAUAAUGCCAAUGAGCCACAUAAUGUGAUCAUCUUGAAGCACUUCACUGAGAAAAACAAGGCUGUGAUUGUUGACGUCAAAACCCGGAAAAGGAAAACAGUGAAGGACUACCAGCUGGUCCAGAAAGGAGGACAGGAAUGCAGUGACUCUCAGGCCCAAUUGAGCCAAUAUUCCCAGCACUUUGCCUUUAUCGCCAGUCACCUUCUGCAAACCAGCAUGGACAGCCAUUGUCCUGAGGCAGUGGAAGCAACUUGGGUCCUGUCCCUGGCCCUCAAAGGAUUAUAUAAAACACUAAAGGCUCAUGAUUUUGAAGAGACCCAUGCUACCUUCCUUCAGACUGAUUUGCUGAAGCUACUGGUGAAAAAGUGCAGCAAAGGGACUGGUUUCAGUAAAACGUGGCUCCUCCGGGACCUGGAAAUCUUGUCCAUCAUGCUGUACUCCUCAAAAAAGGAGAUCAACACCUUGGCUGAGCAUGGAGACUUGGAGUCAGAUGAGCGAGGGGACCAAGAGGAGGAGGUGGAACGGUCCGUCAGCAGCCCGAGUGAGCCAGAGCAGAAAAAGCUAGACCCCCUGGAAAGCCUGGAUGAGCCCACCAGAAUAUGUUUCCUGAUGGCUCACGAUGCCCUCAAUGCCCCUCUGCACAUUCUCCGGGCCAUAUACGAACUACAGAUGAAAAGGACCGAUUCGUUCUUCCUGGAGGUCCAGAAGAGGUUUGAUGGCGAUGAGCUCACCACGGAUGAAAGGAUACGGGCCCUGGCUCAGAAGUGGCAGCCCAGCAGGAGCCUGAGACUGGAGGAGCAGAGUGCCAAAGCUGUGGAUACAGACAUGAUUAUCUUACCCUGCUUGUCCCGGCCCACUCGCUGUGACCAGGCCACGGCUGAAUCCAACCCCGUGACCCAGAAGCUGAUCUCUAGCACGGAGAGUGAACUGCAGCAGAGCUACGCCAAGCAGCGGCGUACUAAGAGCGCCGCCCUCCUGCACAAGGAACUGAACUGCAAGAGCAAGAGGGCAGUCCGGGACUACCUUUUCCGGGUGAAUGAGGCCACAGCAAUCCUGUAUGCCCGCCAUGUGCUCGCGUCAUUGCUGGCUGAGUGGCCUGGGCAUGUGCCAGUGAGCGAGGACAUCCUGGAGCUAAGUGGCCCUGCCCAUAUGACCUACAUUUUUGACAUGUUCAUGCAGCUGGAAGAAAAGCACCGGUGGGAGAAGAUCCUGCAGAAGGUCCUCCAGGGCUGCCGAGAGAACAUGCUGGGGACCAUGGCCCUGGCUGCCUGCCAGUUCAUGGAGGAGCCAGGAAUGGAAGUGCAAGUGAGAGAGUCCAAACACCCAUAUAACAACAACACCAACUUUGAGGAUAAAGUUCACAUUCCUGGUGCAAUCUACCUCUCAAUCAAAUUUGAUUCUCAGUGCAAUACAGAGGAAGGCUGUGACGAAUUAGCCAUGUCCAGCAGCAGUGACUUUCAACAGGAUCGACAUAACUUCAGUGGGUCUCAACAGAAAUGGAAAGAUUUUGAGCUUCCAGGAGAUACUCUGUAUUACCGCUUCACCUCUGACAUGAGCAACACUGAGUGGGGCUACAAGUUCACUGUGACGGCUGGACACCUGGGGCGAUUCCAGACAGGAUUUGAGAUUUUGAAGCAAAUGUUGUCAGAAGAAAGAGUUGUGCCGCACCUUCCCUUGGCCAAAAUUUGGGAAUGGCUGGUAGGCGUGGCCUGUCGCCAGACUGGUCAUCAGCGACUAAAAGCCAUUCACCUGCUUCUGAGGAUUGUGCUGUGCUGCAACCACAGCGACCUCUGUGACCUUUCGCUGUUAAAGCCCCUGUGGCAGCUCUUCACCCACAUGGAGUACAGCCUGUUUGAGGACGUGACACAGCCGGGCAUCCUCCUCCCCCUGCACCGCGCCCUCACUGAGCUCUUCUUCGUCACCGAGAACCGCGCCCAGGAGCUCGGCCUGCUGCAGGAUUACCUGCUGGCCUUAACCACCGACGACCACCUUCUCCGCUGUGCAGCACAGGCUCUGCAGAACAUCGCCGCUAUCAGCCUCGCCAUCAACUACCCAAACAAGGCAACCUCCGCGUUCCCGAUGCUGAGGGCCGUCUCUUGGAAACUAGAGAAGAUAGACUUUUUGCCAGAGAAGCCGGUAGAGAAACAGCAGGAACUGCAUUUUGAACUGGCAUUUGGAGGAGCCUUAGGGGCAGCCCUCAGCCUUCCCCAGACUCUGGCCUCUACGGGUGCCCAGAUCGAGGAGCCAGGGACACCAGGAGUUCCAAGCACGGCCUGUGCUGUUCAGUUAAAGCCCCUCACACCCCCCAGCAAGAUGCUAGCGCCUGGAGAACACUGGCACCUGAACGCCUCAGCCUGUGGGCAGAGUUGGCACCUGGGACAGAUCCGCACCUGGAAGGUGUGA